AUAAUAUCAUACAAUCUGGUCGCCGCCGAGGUUCGAUCAUUUUGAAUAGCACUGUAAAGAGAUUGAAAAUCAUCUUCUUGAUUUAUUGUUUGAAUAGAAAUUCAUUCAUUUAUCGGAACGACGACAUGCUUUGCCUGAUGUAAUUGGUGGAGACGGUGGAUUUGGUUCUCUCAUGUUCCUCCAAAGUUCACAGUCAAAUUUGAAUGAGAAAAAUGAUAGCACAAAUUCCUCCACAACAACAAGGGAACGACGACAUGCUUUGCCUGAUGUAAUUGGUGGAGACGGUGGAUUUGGUUCUGUCAUGUUCCUCCAAAGUUCGCAGUCAAAUUUGAAUGAGAAAAAUGAUAGCACAAAUUCCUCCACAACAACAAGGGAACGACGACAUGCUUUGCCUAAUGUAAUUGGUGGAGACGGUGGAUUUGGUUCUGUCAUGUUCCUCCAAAGUUCGCAGUCAAAUUUGAAUGAGAAAAAUGAUAGCACAAAUUCCUCCACAACAACAAGGGAACGACGACAUGCUUUGCCUGAUGUAAUUGGUGGAGACGGUGGAUUUGGUUCUGUCAUGUUCCUCCAAAGUUCGCAGUCAAAUUUGAAUGAGAAAAAUGAUAGCACAAAUUCCUCCACAACAACAAGGGAACGACGACAUGCUUUGCCUGAUGUAAUUGGUGGAGACGGUGGAUUUGGUUCUGUCAUGUUCCUCCAAAGUUCACAGUCAAAUUUGAAUGAGAAAAAUGAUAGCACAAAUUCCUCCACAACAACAAGGGAACGACGACAUGCUUUGCCUGAUGUAAUUGGUGGAGACGGUGGAUUUGGUUCUGUCAUGUUCCUCCAAAGUUCGCAGUCAAAUUUGAAUGAAGAUAAUGAUGGCACAAAUACCGCAACAACAACCGAUGAUAAAAAUAUGUUACUUCGUUUAUCACACAAUUUUUGCUGCUAUUGCUUGUGCUGCCAAUGCAAAUUUAGACGUUGACGCUCAGCAUUGAAUAUUAACUCAACAUCCAAAACCAAUGUACCAGUGUAGGCAUGCAUUAAUCCUUUUCUCUGACUCAUGCCAAUUGUGUACCUUCAUUAUAAUGAAACCGUUUCUAUAAAUUCACUUAGCUUAUAAGGCCAAAUUAUGAAAUUAUUUAAUAAUUAAUUGGCUAAUUUUUGUUUGAUGUAUUCGUUGCAAUCAACAUAUUACUUUAUUAUAUAUUAACAUUUAUAAAAUUUUUCUUCUUUUCAGAAUAAAAACUU